AUGACUGCCGAUACAACCGUGCCGAGUUACUGGUUGAACUGGAGAUUCUUCCUUUGUGCUCUCUUGCUCUUAACAUCUAUGGUUUUAGCUGCAAUUCUAAUAUGGAAAUAUGAAGGGUCUAAAAAAUCGGAGAGGGGAGAAGAUCAGCUAGAAAGACCAGGGUCUUUGUACAAAGAUGAAGCUUGGAAUACUUGUCUGAAAACAAUCCAUCCGGCUUGGCUGCUUGCUUUUAGGAUUGUUGGUUUCGUUGUUCUUUUAUCGUUGAUCACAGCAAAUGUGACCACUGAUGGAGGGGGCAUUUUUUACUUUUAUACACAGUGGACAUUUGCUUUGGUGACAAUCUAUUUUGCGCUGGGAUCUUCAGUUUCCAUUUAUGGAUGUUGCUUCUGUCAUUGUGGACUGGGUGGUGAUCGGGUGAAUCAUGAGACUUUAGAUGCCGAGCGAGGCACCUACAUAGCUCCAACACUUAGGGAAAGUGCGAUCAUAUCCAACUCAAACAAAAGUUUAGAUACCAGUCGAGAACCUCACACUCGAGAAAUGGCAAGUCCAUGGGGCUAUGUUUUUCAAAUUGCUUUUCAGAUGUGUGCAGGUGCUGUGGUGCUAACCGAUUGUGUGUUCUGGUUCAUUAUUUAUCCAUUUCUAACAGCAAAAGAUUUCAGUCUUGAUUUUCUGAAUGUCUGCAUGCACUCGGUCAAUGCUGUUUUUCUACUUGGUGACACAGUUUUGAAUUGCAUGCGAUUUCCCAUGUUUCGGAUUGCAUAUUUUGUUUUAUGGACGAGUAUAUUUGUCAUUUCUCAGUGGAUCAUCCAUGCUUGUGUUUCAAUGUGGUGGCCUUAUCCAUUUCUUGAUUUGUCAUCACCAUAUGCCCCCUUAUGGUACAUGGCCGUGGGGUUGAUGCAUGUUCCAUGCUACGGCAUCUUUGCUUUGAUAAUUAAGCUGAAGCACUUUUGGUUGUCAAGAUCAUUUCCAGAGUUCUAUCAGGGUUUUAAAGGAGCAGCUGUGGAUUUGAGAUCAUAG